AUGGAGCAGCGCCGGGUCACCGACUUCUUUGCGCACCGCCGCCUUGGGCCCCGCGCUGUGCCGCCGCGGGCCAAGUUGCCCUGUCGCACCCCGAGCCCCGCCGAGCAUGCACCCCGCGCCCCGGGCUCAGCCCCAAGUGGCAGCCGCAAGCGCGCGCGCCCGCCCGCCGACCCCGGCCAACCCAAGGCCCCGCCGCCUGCGCGCAGGAGGCUGCGGCUGUCGGCCGACGCCGGAGAGCAGACGUACAGCUUGGGCUCCCCAGCUGACCUGGAUUCCUCAGCUGACCCCCGCCCUCGAGCCUGCUCUUCUCUGGGCACCAAGGUACAGAAAGUCACUGUCUCAGCAGAUCAGCUGUCUUCCCCAGCAGCCUCGCAGGACAAGGUCCCCCCCACGGACACCAUCUCCGAGCUCCAGUCAUGUCUACAGAGAGCUCGUGAGCUGGGGGCGCGGGUCCAGGCACUGAGAGCCAAGAAGGAUGCUGAGAGCCUCUGCCCACCUGAGACUGAGCACCAUGCAGAGCCACCAUGUGGUGAGAAGCUGCCUGCCUACCAGCGCUUCCACGCCCUUGCACAGCCCAGUCCUCCGGGGCUGGUGCUGCCCUACAAGUACCAGGUGUUGGCUGAGAUGUUCCGCAGCAUGGACACCAUAGUGGGCAUGCUCUUCAACCGCGCAGAGACCGUGACAUUUGCCAAGGUCAAGCAGGGUGUCCAGGACAUGAUACGCAAGCGCUUUGAGGAGCACAAUGUCGGCCAGAUCAAAACUGUGUAUCCUGCUUCUUACUGCUUCCGCCAGGAGCGCAACAUCCCCACCUUCAAAGAUGGUGUCAGGAGAUCUGAUUAUCAGCUCACCAUUGAGCCACUGCUGGAUCAGGAGACCAGCAGUGCAGUCCCACAGCUCACGGCCUCCCACCUCCUGCAACGGCGGCAGGUCUUUGGCCAGAAGCUGUUGGAGCGAGCCAGGGAGCACCACAAAGCCUUCCUGGCCUCCCUGAGCCCCCCCAUGGAGGUGCCCGAUGACCAGCUGACACGCUGGCACCCACGCUUCAAUGUGGAUGAGGUACCUGACAUCGAGCCUGCCGAGUUGCCCCAACCACCGACUCUGGAGAAGCUCAGCACUGCUCAGGAGGUGCUGGCCCGGGCCCGCAGCCUGAUGUCACCCAGGAUGGAGAAGGCCUUGAGUCAACUGGCCCUGCGCUCAGCUGAGCCCAGCAGCUCAGCCUUGCUGGCCAGCCCACCGGCCACUUCCCCUACCACCCCAACUGGUGCCCUGAAGGGUGUGUCCCAGGACCUGCUGGAGCGGGUCCGGGCCAAGGAGGCACAGAAACAGUUGGCACAGAUGACGCGGUGCCCAGAGCAGGAGCUGCGGCUGCAGCGGUUGGAGCGGCUGCCUGAGCUGGCCCGUGUGCUGCGCAGUGUCUUUGUGUCUGAGCGCAAACCAGCACUCACCAUGGCAGUGGUCUGUGCCCGGAUGGUGGGCAGCUACCGCACCUCUAUGAGCCCUGGUGAGAUGGAGAAGCACCUGCUGCUUCUGUCCGAGCUGUUGCCCGACUGGCUCAGCUUCCACCAUAUCCGCACUGACACCUACAUCAAGCUGGACAAAGCUGCAGACCUGGCUAGCAUCACCAUGCGCCUAGCUGUCCUCACCCGUGCUGAGGAGAAGCUAUGAGCCCAGUGGCUGCUGCAGACCAACACAGGCUCUGGACAUGCUGGUCAGAGCCCACUUGUGCCUUUUUAUUCCCUUUAUAAACUCAGCUCUUCUUACAUCCCCGAGGAUCAGGCUGGACAUGGGUUGCGGGCCCAAGUGUCCUGAUGGUAGGUGGGUCUGUGUCCUUGGUCUCAUGUAUGGUGUGUUUGUAUUAAACUGGUUUCUGUAGGUGACUUUCUUGCUGAGCAGCACCUGUCAGGUUGUCAGGGGAAUGGGGCUGGGAUGUGUGCAGGGUCAGGGGAGCUUAGUUGGCAGAAGGCCAU